CGAGUCCUUCCUGAUUCAUUCUGCCUGUCCAUCUCACCGACUGCUGCCAUGGCAUUUGUCGCUCCUCCUGGCUAUCAGCCAGUCUACAGCCCUAAUAUUCCAUAUCUGGGGCCCAUUUAUGGAGGCCUGAGGGAGGGGAUGUCCAUCUACAUCCAGGGCUCCGUUCCAGAGGACAUUACCAGGUUCUUUAUCAACCUGCUCUGCGGAGAGUCCGAGUCCAGCGACAUUGCCCUCCACUUCAACCCUCGAUUUGAUGGCUGGGACAAGGUUGUCUUCAACUCAUGUCAGGAUGGAUCCUGGGGGUCUGAGGACAAGAUUCGUGAUAUGCCUUUCAGUAAAGGCCAGGCCUUUGAAAUGGUCAUCAUGAUUUCUUCACAGGGUUACCAGAUCAAAGUCAAUGGGAAUGACUUCUACACCUUCGAACACCGUGUCCCUGUGGAGAGAGUUUGUGCAAUGCAGAUCGCAGGAGAUGUUUCUGUUCAGACGAUUAACAUCAUAGGGGGUGCUUCAGGUGGCAUGAAUAGGUAUCCUGGAGGAAUGGGAGGUGGAAUGGGAGGAGGAAUGGGAGGCGGUAUGGGAGGAGGCAUGGGAGGAGGCAUGGGAGGAGGAUAUCCAGGAGGUUGCAUGGGGGGAGGAUAUCCAGGUGGCAUGGGAGGAGGCAUGGAAGGAGGCAUGGGAGGAGGCAUGGGAGGAGGAUAUCCUGGAGGCGGCAUGGGGGGUGGAUAUCCAGGAGGCAUGGGAGGUGGUAUGGGGGGAGGAUUUCCAGGAUCAAACCUGCCGGGCAUGGGUGGGCAGCCAGUCUACAACCCUCCUGUGCCUUACUCCAACAUGAUCCCAGGAGGGAUGUACCCUAAGAGGACCAUCAUCAUCAGAGGCAUGGUGCCCUAUGGAGGAGACAGAAUGAGCAUCAACUUCAUGGUGAGCAGAUCUCGGGACGUCGCCUUCCACAUGAACCCCAGGGUGAGGGAGGGGAUUGUGGUGAGGAACAGCAUGAUUGGAGGCGACUGGGGCCAGGAGGACAGAGAGCUCAGCAUGAACCCCUUCAUGGAGGGACAGUACUUUGAUAUGUCGAUUCGCUGUGGGAACCAGAGGUUCAAGGUGUUUGUGAACGGGCAGCACUUGUUUGACUUCUUCCACCGCCUGCAGUCCUUCAAUGAGAUUGACUUGCUGGAGAUAGAGGGCGACGUGCAGAUCUCCUACAUCCACUUCUGAGACUACGCACCUGUUGUAGUUAUUCUCUAAUUGGGGCUGCAUUUCACAUUAAAAAAGCACAAAUGUAAUGUGCUUUCUCAUAAAAGCAAUAAGUGGUUUAGGGUUAAAAAUAUCUACUAACUGCAGAGCUUCAACAUUAGCAACUUUUUUGACAUUUUAAAGGAAAAGAAUAUUUUUGCUAGUUGCCCGUAGGGUCACGUCAACUAUGUUACUCAUGAGUUGGCCCAUACUGGGUGACUAAGUUGACAGCAGACAAUUUAACAAUUUUAGCCCCUAAUUUCAAUGGUAGACCUAGCAUGGCUGACAACAUGCUGUUGUCUUUAGCAGGUUAAUAUCAAAUUUCAACAUACAUUUUAAUUAGAAACACAAAAGAUCUGUGACCCAUAAAAUGUACACAACAUAGUUGACGGUCAAUUAAUACACUCCUACACAAUGCACUGUUACUGACAAAAUAUUUAAAAAUAUGAAAGGACACACACCAUUUCCAAGAUAGCCGCCACUGAGAAAGAUGACAUCCUGUGAUGCUGGUCACAUGGAUUUGGAACAAGCCAUUUCUUAGUAUUUUUAUUUUAUUUUUAUUUUUUUUUAGCAUUUUUAUGUAUUUGAUUUAAAUAUGAAACUCAAUAUAAGAAGUUGUUUUUCUAAAGUGUUUAGAGCUUUUAAGUAACAGAUAAUGCUAACUAAUAGUUUUUAAUUAUUUUGAUGUCAAGACUCACUCAACUGAAAAAAUGGGAAUUGCAAAAACUGUUGAUGUGUGCAACAGUGUGCAUAAAAUGUUUGAUUUUAUAAUAGGCUUCCCUUAAUUGGUAAGAAAAUAGUUUUUAAAAAUAUUAUCUUUAAUAGACAUGAAAUGUACCCCCAGUUUUAGAAUCACUCAAAAAAGUUGUACAUUUUCAUUGAUUGUGUGUGUCAUGUCAGCUGUUAUUUGAUCUUUCAGAGUAUAUGUCCUUACCUCAGGUCCUUAAACUUCCAGCUGUGUAUUGCAGAUCUUGAUUAAGACAAAGGUGACCUCAUCAUCGGCUGUAUUGUUGAGUUAAUAAAUGUAAGUAACACGUAUGAUAUAGAUGAGAUAAACGUUGACUACAACAAAGCUCAUUCAUGAUGAACAUAUUUAUUUCUUAUACAAAAUACUGUAGGUACUGUAUAAAACUUUGUUUACAAAUCAUGACAGUGACAAUAUAAAGGCAACUAUAGUACAGUCUUCUCCCAAUUCAACACACCAGGAGAAUCACAAUCCACACACACAUUGAUGCAAAAAUACUGGCUCUCUGAAGGCACUGAAGGUAAAGUUUUAAGGCUGAACUGAUUUUGUUCAUUAAGGAGUAAUUUGUUUUUGCUGGAAUCUCCUUGGAGCAUUACUUUAACUUUUUUACUAAAUGAAAGGAUUAAUGAACGGGUUUACCAGAUACAGGCCCAGGGGCCAAAAGUGUCAGGGCCCCUCCCCUGGCCUUCACCUGCAAAAUGUUACUCAAAUGAACAUGUGCUGACCCGGAGGAGACUCACAAUGACCACAAAGAAACAUAAAAUGACUACAUGGAGACAAAAGAAGGCCAAAAAGAAAAACAAAAAGGCUACAAAGAGAUGCAAAACAGCUGCAAAUAGACACAAAAAGACUCACAAUGACUAUGAAAAUGGUCAAAACAGCCACAAAGAUACUCAAAGUAACUAUCAAGAGAUGCAAAGCAACUUCAAGAACACUCAAAAUGACCACAAAGUGACAAUUAACUCCAAAGAGACAUAAAAUUACCACAAAGCGGUACAAAACCACAGAGAUUGUAACGACUACAAAAACACACAAAACUACAACAAA